AAUCAACGAUGCCUAAGGUUUUAUUUCUGCUUCUCUGUUUGAUCGGACUGCUGAGUUCGAGAUGUUCAGGUCACGCCAGCAAUGGACGAGGAGAUCAGCCUUUAGCUCAGAUUAACAUCUAUGAAACAAGUCUUGCUCUGGACACUGCUGUCCAUAUUCACGCUUCCCCUCAAGUCCUUGGUUUAAAGGGAGAAGAUACUGAAUGGGUAGACGUUGCUAUCUCCAACCCCAGUCACAAUUCAAAGGAUUGGAUGGCAGUUUUCUCUCCAGCAAAAUUCGACAAAAAUACCUGUUGGCCUUGGGAACCCCUAAACAAGGCAAAGUCUCCUAAGCUUUGCUCAUCUCCCAUCAAGUACUUGUAUCUGAAUAAAUAUCCCGAGUAUACAAAGUCUGGGAACGUGAUUUUGAAGUUGCAGAUUAUAAACCAGAGAGCUGAUAUCUCGUUUGCACUGUUUUCUGGGACUCUUGACCAGCCAGUACUUAUCGGGGUUUCGAAUCCUAUAUCUUUUGUUAAUCCUAAAGCACCUGUCUACCCACGUCUUGCUUUAGGGAAGAGUUGGGAUGAAAUGACUGUAACAUGGACGAGUGGGUACAAUAUAAAUGAGGCUGUUCCGUUCAUUGAGUGGAGUUCUAAAGGAUUUCCAGCUAAAAGAACACCAGCUGGAACCAUUACCUUCAACAGAAACAGCUUGUGUGGUCUCCCUGCUCGUGGUGUUGGUUGGCGUGAUCCUGGUUUCUUCCAUACCUCUUUCUUGAAAGAACUUUGGCCAAACCGCGAGUACACAUACAGGCUUGGCCAUGACUUGUUCAACGGUUCCACAAUUUGGAGCAAGAAUUUCACUUUCGUUUCCUCUCCUUUUCCUGGACAAGACUCGUUACAACGUGUCAUAAUAUUUGGUGAUAUGGGGAAGGGAGAGCGAGAUGGCUCAAACGAAUAUAAUGAUUACCAGCCCGGUUCCCUCAACACAACUGACCAACUCAUCAAGGACUUGAAGAACAUUGACAUUGUUUUCCAUAUUGGAGAUAUCACUUACUCAAAUGGGUAUCUCUCCCAGUGGGAUCAGUUCACAGCUCAAGUUGAGCCUGUCGCUUCUAAGGUUCCAUACAUGAUUGCAAGUGGCAACCAUGAGCGUGAUUGGCCAGACACAGGAUCCUUCUACGCAGGUCAAGACUCUGGAGGAGAGUGUGGUGUUCCUGCAGAGACCAUGUUCUACUUUCCUGCUGAGAACCGAGCUAAAUUCUGGUACUCUGCAGAUUACGGAAUGUUCCGCUUCUGUGUAGCAGACAGUGAACAUGACUGGAGAGAAGGCACAGAGCAAUACAAAUUCAUCGAGCAUUGCCUCGCCACUGUUGACAGAAAGACUCAGCCUUGGCUCAUCUUUAUUGCUCACCGUGUCCUCGGUUACUCCACCAAUGAUUGGUAUGGCAAAGAAGGAACCUUUGAAGAGCCUAUGGGAAGAGAAAGCCUGCAGAAGCUCUGGCAGAAGUACAAAGUAGACAUUGCUUUCUACGGACAUGUCCAUAACUAUGAACGAACAUGUCCCAUUUACCAGAGUCAAUGUGUGAACGGUGAAAAGGAUAACUACUCAGGGACAUUCCAAGGAACCAUUCACGUAGUUGUUGGUGGUGCAGGAAGUCACUUGUCUCCGUUUAGCUCACUGGUUCCUAAAUGGAGUUUGGUCCGAGAUUAUGACUAUGGGUUUGUGAAGUUGACUGCUUCAGAUCACUCAAACCUUCUCUUUGAGUACAAGAAGAGCAGCGACGGCCGAGUGCAUGACUCCUUCAAAAUCUCUAGAGAUUACAGAGAUGUUCUGGCUUGUACACACGAUAGCUGCGAUCCCACCACAUCAGCUUCAUGAUUCUUCUCUUUUUUACUUAGUUUUCAACUUUUCAUGCAGACAUAGGUUCUUUCUGGUUUUUUAUUUUAUUUUUCUAGACAGGUUUUACACAGUUUAUCUAGGACCUUUCAUUUCUUAAACUGCAGAGAUUUGCUUUUUAUAUACAAGCAAUAUAAAGCACUAUUUUCAAGGAACACCUUGUUUCUUUUCAUAACCAUUCCGUGUUUGAAAUCAAAAGGUGG